AUGUAAAUUCCUCAUGCUUAAAUGAGGAAUGAUUCUAAGAAAUUCAAUUCAAAUAAUAAAUGUUAUGGAAAUAGAAAAAAAGAAGUUCAUAAUUAGAUGCAUCCAAAUAUACCCAAAGGAAUGUUAAGUAUGAAUUGUGGUUUGAAGAAUGAGAAAAAUAUAAAAUUAAAUGAGACAGGUUAAUAUAUAAUAUAUUAUGUUUAGAAACUACAGAUGUAACUCAUAAUAAUUUAGGUUUCAGUCAACAAAUAUAAUCAUAAAUAAAAGUUGAACAUUUAGAUUUGGAAUUCUUUAAAAUCCAUCCUUGCAAACUUAUAGGUAAUCAUAAUCAUAAACAUUGUCCAUUCUAUCAUUAUGGAAAGGAUCGUAAAAGGUAUUUAAUUAUUAUAAAUGUUUAUAGAAUUGGAGUAGAAUAUUCAGCUGAUUUAUGCAAAUACAUAGAACAUAAUUCAAUAUGUCCAUAUGGAGAUAAUUGUAAUAGAGCUCAUAAUAGAGUUGAAUAGUUAUAUAGAAUUGACAAUUACAAAACUAAAUUUUGCUCCUUUUAUCCUAAUCAUAUUUAGUAAUGCGAUUACGGUAAAUUCUGUUCAUUUGCUCAUUCAGAAGCUGACAUUACUAUUGAACUCAUUCAUAAUUUAGAAUACGAUGAUGAUUUCUUCAUCUUCUAUUAUAAAACUGUUUGGUGUCCAUUUAAUUUGACCUAACAUGAUAAAUCAUUAUGUGUUUAUGCUCAUAAUUGGCAAGAUUUUAGAAGGAAACCAUAAUUAUACAAUUACUAUCCGUAAUCAUGUUAAAACUGGAAUGCAAAUGAAUAUAUCACAGAAUACAGUUCUGGAUGUCCAGAUGCUUUUAGUUGUUCAAAAUGUCAUGGAUGGAAAGAACUCGAAUAUCAUCCUAUUUUAUUUAGAACAAAAUAAUGCAUCAAUUAAAAUUGCAACAAAUAAGAUUGUUCUUUUUAUCAUCACAUAUAAGAGAGAAGGUUAAUUAAUUGUUAUUAUUGUAUAGAUUUAAUGAAUAAUUCUCUUAAUCUAGAAUGUUUAAGAUUGUUCCUAGAAAUAGAAUCAUUUAGAAUGUAUUUAAGGUUAGAGAAAGAAGUUUACAUAAUUCCUAAAGAACUUAGAAAUCAUAAGAAAAUUUAAAUGAUCAAUAAUAAUGGCUUGGUCAUAAUUUAUAAAAUAGUUUUUAAUAUGAGCCAGAAUGUGAUAAUGUUAUUGAAUGUAAAAAUAGGAGUGUUCAUUAUUAAACAGCUCUAGUUUCAAUUCUCGAACGUACUGGUAAUUUAUUUAUUAAAUUAUUUAAGAUUCCGAAGAAUUGAAGGAUUUGAUGAGAAAAAAGUCUUUUUCUCUUGAUAACAUUGAUGAUAAUGAAUAGAUUAGAGGAGUCUUAAAAAUGAUAGACAUAGAUUCUUGAAAGUAAAU